UUCCGCGGCCUUCUAUCCCGGAAGUUGUAGUUCCAUGUCUGGAAUUUCGUCCUGAAUCGAACACGUGUUUUUUUGCUCCCCAGAAGCAAUUAUUUGCUGCAUUUCAAAGCUGAAAGUGAUGGCGGGUUGUUGCUGUUGAGUGUCGUAGUCGUUGGACUCCUUGUGAUUUCUUCAGGAGCAGGACGAUGAGUUCGUCGCGCCAGUAUCGGGCUUCAAGGAGCCUGAGUCCCCCCAAGGGGAAAGAUGGAAGUAGAGAACAGGAUCAACACACUUGUGAUAGAUGCCACAAAAAGGGAGGCAAAGAAGAAGCUAAAAAAUCUGAUCCGCCGAACAUGACGGACAAAUCUCAGCAGACACGGAUCAGUCACGAAAAAUCGCAGGAACAUCAUCAAUGGCGGUACGCUGGAAACGGAAGGAGGCCAAAUUCUCGACAAGUUGGUCCACCAGCAGACGGUGCCAGUCGGAGUACCAGACAAGCCAAUAUUGUUUGCACAAAACAUGAAAAGGAAAAGGUCAAAAUGCAAGCCACAAUCGAAAAGCUGCAGGAAGCAUUCUGUGAUAAGGAAUCAAAACUUCAGGACACGAAAUCCCAGCUGGUUCGGGAGCGUCGCAUGUCUGAGAUUUUGGAACGGCAGCUCAAGAACGCGCGGAAUCUCUCCGAGCAGUUGGGAAGAAUCAUACAUGACCGGGAACAAGAGAUCCGGACUCUGAAGAAUCUGCUCAACAAAAGGCAGGACCUUUCGGAGGCGGCUGUGCAGGCGGCAGUGCUUAAAGCUUCGAGGCAAAGCGGGGACAGGAGGCGGCAAUCCAGGGACGAUUUCCAAGGCUCAAUGAGGAGGAGUUCCUCCACGAGUGAUCAUACGGACUGCCCUAGUCUGUCAACAACAUCCGUGGAUAAAAUGCUUAAGGAGGUACAUUCUUUAAUAGAUGGAUUGAAAAUCAAGGACGAAGCGAUUAAGGGUCUUCAAGAAGAAUGCACCCGGAGAUUGGAUAAAAUCCAAAUCCUUCAGCGCAGCAUACAAGUUCUCCAGGACCAAUUGGCGCAGUCUACGCAGCAUCACAACAGCAUGUGUCAAGAAAAGGACAACUUGAUUACGCAGUUGCAACACUCUCUGAAGGAAUCGGAAGAAACUGUGCAGAGUCUUUUAAGUGAGAAAACGAAGGUAGUUAUCGAGGGAGAGAACACCAUUCAAGAGCUCCAAGAGAUAAUACAGCAGAAAGAGCUCAUAAUUAAAAGAAUUCAGAAUCAACUAGAAGAAGCGCUGGAUACCAAAGAGACAGAAGUUAUGCAAUUGAGGGAGGCCCUAGAGGUGCGCCAGAGAGACCUCGAAGGGAAGCAAAGGGAUCUUGAAGAAUCUCAUGAGGAACUUUUCCGGAGCCAGAUGGAAGGAGAGGCGUUGAAGAUGGAGUUGAACCAGGAGAAAUGCAGUUUGAAUAAGAUGUCUGAAGAGAUCAAUUCCCUGGUUGACAAACUGACGUCAGCCGUGGAAGAAGUAGAGUCCACGAAACAAGAGUACCACAAGAAGGAAGAACGCCUCAAGCAUACGCAGAACAAAAUCCAAGAAAUGUGCAUUCUACUGCUUGGAGACCAGGAAAUAACCGAGAAAUUGCAGAUGCUCUACAAAACGAGAAGAGAGUAUACGGGCAGAAAAGUUCUGUCAGAUGAAGAUGUGAUUGAAAAGAUUAUUCACUCAAGUGCCAAAAACUAUUACCAUCGAAUUGAUAACAAAAACAAAAUGGGUUCCAUCGGAAUCUCAAAUCAACAGAUACAUAAACAGCAGUUAGCAGAACUUCAACAGCAAGUGAAUGAUUCGCAGGCCGUAUGCAGCAUUCUGCAGGAGCAGUUAAAGGAAGUGACUGACUUUUUGGACCAACUGCUACAUAUAGAUAUAUCUCCUAAAAACCUGCCAGCACUAUCCCUCAUAAAGCAUUACGGAAAACAUCUGAAAACUCCCAUACAUGCCAUAUCUAAGGAAAGAAUUGCUCCAGAUGGUGUUUCCUCUAACAGCCAACUGGAUAUAGAGUAUUCCAAGCCAGAAGCUAACUUGGAAGAUGAGCAAACGAACCAAGUGAGCAACCACCCUGCAUCCUCUGCUUACAUCUUUGAGGCACAUCACAGUAGCUAUGGAGACGUAAGCAUUUAUGGACAACAGUCACGAGACUUCUAUACCAAUCAGCGUUCAGUGUCUGCUGAAUAUUUCAAAGAUUCCAGUAUGCACUCCAUGUCGGCUAUUGAACUCUCUCACAGAAAUAGCUGUGAUAUGGCGGAAGUUUCCGUAUCCAUUCAAGAACCUAGCUCUGACAGCGAUGAAAUUAUUUUGCUACUGAACGACCGUGAAGCUCCCAUUCAGGGCACGUCCAGCGAUGCAAACGUCCACAAACGUCCCCGAAAACUCUCUCGUCCUGCAGCUUCUUCGCCACCUUUCCCUCGUGGGCUGAAGAUCACAGAGAACUAUGGCUCGGACGGUUCCAUCAACACCAGAGAAAACUCUGGCAUCGAGCGUAUCGAGCGGUCUGUGAGCUUUGGCAGCUUCAGCGACUCGGUUCUCAUGUCCUACGAACAGUCUGAAGAUCGGGGGGCCUCUGACGAAAGCAGCGGAAUGGUCAAUGUGAGGUCGAUCGACAUGAUGGACCUCAUCUUGCCCGAAGAGACGAGGCAAGACCAGCAGCGCGGAGGAAUGGUGUUCCUGUCCUCGGAUUCUGAUAUCUGGUCAGAACCCGACACAACCCUUUCCAGGAAAAGAAUGGGGUUGCGAGUGGAAGAAACGACGCAGUCUUCAGACUAUUCUACGACAUAUGUUUCUGACGCAGAUCCCUUCAAGAGGAAGAUCCUGGUUUGUCUUCAGAGUAGGUGCGAUUCGAGAAGAAGUAAAAAUGUCAUCCAUGUUCCGACUAAGAAAGCAGCCAACAAGGUUAAAAGGUGGUUGGAGCGGUUGAAGAACUAUUUACGAAUGUUUGAAGAAGCUAAUUUUCAACUUACUGAUGAAAUUAACAAUUUAUGUGACGUCAGAAACCAAAUGGUGACCUUUUUAGCUUCAGAAGAUAAGGUUUGUGCUAUUUCUAGCAAUUCAGAAGCUAUACUGGUAGAUUUAGCAGAAUACAUUCGUUUGAACUUCCUCAUGCAGAAAAAACUAGAGAAAUCAAUCCACUUCAACAGGCAGCUUAUUGACGUCUUCCAAAAAAAUAUUUCCUGUCAAAGAAAGCCAAGUAUAGAGGUUAUUUCUCCGGUCAAAUCAUUAACAUCAAAGCCACCUUCCAGACAAAAGAGAAAUCACACGACAAAAAAGACAUCAUCAUCACCUUACGCUGAAAACAUCAACAUCGCUUUAGAGGGAAAGCAAUACGAGACACAGGACAUCCAUUCCCAACUCAUCGGUUACCAUGCUACUCUCAUGUCUUGCCAGGACAUGAUUAAGGAUUUGCACUCGCAGCUGAAAGACAGGCAUUGCAAUGAAAUCAUGAACAAGCACGAGUUAAACAGGACGGUUUAUGGCUACUUAGAAGACAUUGACCACUGCAUAGACGACUUGUGCAAGAAGAUGGAGACCAGUACUGGAGACAGCCCUGCUCAUAGUUACAAUUUCAAACCAGGAUUCAACAGCUGCGAUGGACCAGAGGAAGAGACAGAGCAGGUGUACGAGAGCCCUGCAGGGUUCUCGACUUCUUUGAUGGGAAAGCUUAAGGAAAACGAAGACAGACUUCUGAGGUUUGAAGUGCUACUGAACGAUAAAGAGCAGCAAUUAAAACUGUCGGCUGAAAACGCUUUGCAACUGGAAGAUCAGUUGAGCAGUAUUAAGCAAUCUUUGUAUGAGAUACAAAUGGAAAAUUUAGAGCUUAAAGAGUGUUUAGAAUUGAGUGAGAAUAAACAGUUGGAGAUGGAGGAUUCUUCUAACCAAAUGUUGAGGGAACUUCAACUAACAAUGCAACGGUUAGCAGACUUAGAGGAAAGGUUUAGAUGCUUGAAUGAUGAACAGUUCGUCCAAAAAGACAUGGAAAAGUCUCUAUAUCCUAUGCAAUAUAAUUUUAAAAAUGGCAGCACUUGGCAAGAAGAAGCAGAUUCCGAAAACAUUCCACCUCGAGACAGGGGAAGUUCUACAUAUUCCAGGGAUUGGGAAAGUGAAAACUAUUAA